GUAACUUUGUAUUUUUUCUUCUUUGGACACGCAGAUGGAAGGACGUGCACUUAGUGUUUUGAUGGCUUAGGCUGUAACUUAAGUGACCCUCAAAUUGGAUGAGGAAGCUUUGAAAACAAUGCUGCAGUAUGGAGGCGUAACAGUUCAUGCAGCCUGAAGUGUUGGGGUUGAACUCAGGCGCAGUCACUGGGCAUCCUUGGUGUUACUUUUCUUCAGCUACAGAAACUGCGUUCAGUAUUUGCACCACAACAGAAGUUCACAAUGAAUUUUACGGAAGACUAUGGUCUAGAUGACAAUCGCUACUCCAAUGACUUUCAGGAGGAUUCCCUUACGUCUCAGGGGAUGAAUAUAUUCUCAGUGGUACUUUAUAGCCUUAUCUUUGUCUUGGGUGUACCAGGUAAUGCCAUUGUCAUUUGGUUCACUGUUCUGAAACUGAACAGGACCGUCAACACCACUUGGUUUCUCAAUCUAGCAGUGGCCGACUUCAUUUGCUGCCUCUCCUUGCCAUUCUUGAUUGCCUCUAUUCUUCUGAAAAACACUUGGCCGUACGGCAACAUUCUGUGCAAGAUUAUUCCCAGCAUCAUCAUAUUAAACAUGUUCUCCAGUGUAUUUAUCCUGACGCUAAUUAGCAUUGAUCGAUUUCUUCUGGUCACCAAGCCAGUGUGGUCACAAAAUAACAGGACUGUCAGAUGGGCGAGAUUGCUCAGUGGUGCAGCCUGGUUUUUGGCAGCUUUGAUGUGCCUGCCGAUAGUCAUCCACAAAGAAGAAAAGUUCUCCAGUAACAGUACCUACUGUGUAUAUAAUCAAACCCCUCAGUCCAAGAAAGCCAUGGUGUUCACCAGGGUAAUAUUUGGGUUUCUGGUCCCUUUCUUUAUUAUCUGUGUAAGCUACACUCUCAUAACACUCAAAGUAAAGAACAGCCAGUUUGGCAAAUCUCGUAAGACAUUCAAAGUCAUCCUGGCGGUAAUUGUUGCCUUUUUUAUUUGCUGGACCCCCUAUCACAUCAUCGAUAUCUUGAAUAUUCAGGACAUGAGUGUAGAAAUGGAAGAAACCAUAGUGUCCCUCGACCAUUUUACCAUCUGCCUUACCUACUUCAACAGCUGUCUCAACCCCUUCCUCUAUGUCUUCAUGGGCCCAGAGUUCCGGAGUAAAUUCAAAAUGUCUUUAAGCAAGUUGCUAGAAAGUGCUUUCAGUGAGGAAGCCACAGGUUCAACCUCAAAUCCUAAAUCUAGGAAAUCUCGAGAUGAAAACGUGGCUGAAACGGCACAGUAGCUGCCAGCUCAGCUGAUUUCCUUCUCACUUUGUCACCACUGUGACUCAGCAGACAAGCCUCUUGUGCCACAGACUUGUAAACCUUCUGUAUUCAGAUGCAAUCCAUCCAUCCAUCCUCUUCCGGUUAUCCAAGAUCGGGUCACAGGGGCAGCAGCUUGAACAGAGAUGC